AUGUUUAUAUUUUUAUCACUUUAUAGUGUUUUAUUCGCAAGAGAACCGACUGCUGAAGAAAGAUUACAUAACGACCUUUUAGAGAACUAUUUUAAAGAUGUGAGUCCCUUAAUCGCUCUGCCGAAGAACAGGUCGAUCGAAGAUCAAGUAUACAGGAAAGAAAUCUGUCGAGAAUGGAUCCCAAAAAUCAUGGACGAUUUUCCCCCUCAAACGAAUCGUGAGAACACUCUUUCAAACGUUUUCUACUGCCAAGAUGAAGAUUCGGCAUUUGAAGAGCUAAACGCUUGUGAAGAAUGGCUGGAUUUUAUUUAUUUAAAAAAUCCAAGUUCUCAAAAUUCUUAUCAUGGAAAAUGCAAGGUCACCACUGACGAUUUCUUCGAAUCUGUCAGUAGUAACGAAAUUCUCAUCUUGAAAAACAUCCUCAAUCGACCCCUUUAUGAUCACGUUAUUGACGUUGAUCUGUACAUUGAGCUUCAACAAAUCAACAAGAUUGAGCUUAAAGGAGCCUACAUGGAUUUGACCUUCACGAUGUACGCAAAGUGGUACGACUCUCGGCUGAAAUGGGACGAACAGAAAUAUCAUGGAGUCAUGUACACUCUCUUCGAACCCUCGGAAAUCUGGACCCCUCCGAUUGAGAUCAUGAAUCUUGUAGAAAUGAUCGACCCGAGACUUGAAUACGUCUGCGAAGUUCACAAGGACGGAACAAUUUACGAAAUCGUAAAGAUGCGUGCUUUGGUUUCUUGCGAUGUCGACCUGACCUUAUAUCCUUUUGAUUCGCAAGAAUGCGGUUUGUCUUUUGCGACGCCAACGAUGGCCGAUUACAAGCUGUAUUUUCACUUUCACGAGUGGAACAUGCUCAACUCCCUUCAAAAUCUCUCUUCUAGCGUAGCAAGUUACGAAAAAACUCAUCUGAGCCUUCUCCAAGGGACAUUUUACCGUGAAAACACCGAAUGGGCUCUUCUUGGUUACAAAUAUUCAGUCGAGCCGGUCGUUGGCCAUUUGAAACGAUCAUAUUCGCAUGUCAAUGUUGAUUUUCUUCUCGAACGCCACAAGGUCUACUAUGAAGUCACCUUGUUCAUUCCGAUCGUAUGCCUCAAUCUCCUCGUUUGCUUAGGUCUUUGGAUGCCGAUUUCCUGCGGCGAAGCUGUCGGAUUCCAAGUGACGAUGCUUUUAGCGGUAGUGCUCUAUCUUGACCUGCUUUCACGGACGACGCCUGUUUUCGAAACAAUCAAUGAAAGUCCCAGAUUGAUGAUUCUUUUCCUCCUCACAACUGUUGCCAGUCUCAUUUCUCAUGUUAUACUCACAUUUUCGAUGUGGAAAUCAUCACCGGACGAAGAUACUUUGCAUAAUCUUUCGCCUUUUAAAUGUAAAUUCGCAUUGAAAAUGGCGAAAUUUUUCGAAUGUUUGACAAGGCAAUCGUACAAGAUUCCUAAUGCGAUUGAGCUGAUCAUAGAAGCUCCAGGAAAUAUUGAAAGAAUCGAAGAUGAAGAAUUGAAGAAGGCUUGGAGAUUUUAUGCGAAAAUGUCAAGUCAUUUUUGGGCGACGAUUUUGACCUUUGCUGUGGUAAUGUGCACUUUUGUCAUUAUUCUUGACUUGCAUAUACAGCGUUCUAUUUUUCAUGCGAACAUUAAAAAAUAA